AUGAAUCGAUCAAUGUCUUUUGUGGUGUUACUGGCGAUUCUUGCGUCGGUGUCAGACGUCGUGUUGGCUAAUUACGGUCUUACUGGCAUCGACUCUGGGUGGUACGACGGACAUGCGACGUUUUACGGCGACAUUAACGGCGGGGAGACCAUGCAAGGAGCAUGUGGUUACGGAAAUCUAUUCAGCCAAGGUUAUGGCUUAGAGACGGCGGCGCUAAGCACGGCGCUCUUCAACAACGGCAAGGCUUGCGGUGCUUGUUUCGAGAUUGCGUGUACGAACUCGCAGUGGUGCUUACCGAACGUUGGUUCAAUCAAAAUCACAGCCACUAAUUUCUGUCCACCCAACUACGCCCCACCGGGUGGAUGGUGCAACCCUCCUAACAAACACUUCGAUCUAUCGCAAAAGAUGUUCGUUUCGAUCGCCGUGUACAGAGGAGGAAUCGUUCCGGUGAGAUACCGGCGAGUGGCGUGUCAGAAGAGAGGUGGUGUGAGGUUUGAGCUCAGGGGGAAUCCUUAUUACAUCAUGGUUUUGGUGUAUAACGUUGGAGGUGCAGGAGAUGUAACUAGCAUGGCAGUUAAAGGGGAUCGAAGUAAGUGGACCUCUAUGCAGAGGAACUGGGGGCAAGUUUGGAAUGCCGGUGGGGGUUUGGUGGGACAGCAGCUCUCGUUUCAAGUUCAAACCAGCGAUGGUAGGAGCAUGACCUUCUACAACGUGGCGCCCACGUCUUGGGGCUUCGGUCAAACUUUUGAAGCACACUCAAAUUUUUAG